CCCACCACCACCUCCACCAGCCAGAAAGCCACACAGCCAAGGCAAGGCAGUUUCCUUUCGGUUCUGAUUUCUGUUCCUAUCUCCGGCAUCGAAUUCCGCCUCCAUUGAUCCUCCGAUGCGGCCGACGUAGGGGGGGGUGGAAGACGACGACGGAUAGGGCCGGAGAUCGUAGCUCCGGCGGCCGGCGAAGCUGCGAGGUGUAAUUAACGGUAAAAAAGAGUGAUACGACGACAGUUGAGAGAGAAUAGUGCUAUAGGUUGAGUGGAGAGAGAGAAGCGGAGGGUGAGAAAACCUUCAUCGGAUCUUGUACGGUUUCUGGUUCGGGGAACAAAGCAAUCGUUUCGUCGGGAAACGGAGAGAGAUGGAGGUGGUGCCGGUGGAGCAAGAGAAGGAGGAGGUAGUGGAAGGCUGGUUGUACGUUGUGCGGUCCAAUCGAAUUGGAUUGCAGUACUCCAGUAAGCGCUACUUCCUUCUCCAAGAUCACAAUCUCAAGAGCUUCAAGUCCGUCCCUACUUCGAAUGACCAGGUCUCCUCUCGUCUCUCUUUCUCUCGCCUUCUCAUCACACUUCUUUUUCUUUCCGUCAUUGUUUUGGAAUUUUACAAGCUAAUGCUGCCGCGAUUUCCAGUUCAUCCUACUUGCUUAUGGCUGCUGGUUCUUGGAAAUCCUUUCUCGCUUGUUACAUUUUUGGCUGGUUGUUAGCUAACUCAAUCUAGAAAUGCACUCGUGUUUGAUUGUUUGGUGUCCAUCGAGGGAAUCGCCAUUAGCAAGGAUUCAUAGUUUGUUACUGGAUUCUGAUGUUUAGGGUUCAGGAUGGUGCUUCGCUGUUAUUUUCUUUUUGGUUCUGCCUUUUGAAGUUAAUGGUGGAUUCCUUGAUUACUGGUUGAUUAAUGAUUUAAGCCUUUUGGUCUAUGAUAAGUAAUCUCUUAGGAUUCCUUGUUUGGGUAUCCCUUUUUGUUCAUGUGGAAGGAGAAGGGACAUGGUGGAACUGUUGCUUUAUUUGGCAGGAAACUUGUGGUGUUAGUUUGCCUUUUGUGUUUGGCAAAAGAACCAAGCGUUACAGUUGAGGAUACAGUUUUCUAUUCUAGUGGGAGGAGUCAUAUUCUGCUUUCUAUCUUAGGAAAACUUUGCUUAAAAUGUAGAAUCUGAGUUUGGGUGGACUGGAUAUGGAAUUAUCAGGGUGUUGGAUCCUCUUAGAAGUGCUAUCAUAGAUUCGUGUAUUCGAGUGACAGACAACGGAAGAGAGAAUGUUAAUAGAAGAGUUCUCUUCAUAUUUACGCUGUUCAACACUUCAAAUCACAGCGAUCAACUUAAGUUGGGAGCCAGCAGUCCUGAGGAAGCAGCAAAAUGGAUUCACUCAUUUCAAGGAGCUGCUGUGAAGGGUGGUCAUAAUAUUGUAGGUUGUUCUAGGAACACCUGGCAGUCCUUCAGAUUGACUGAUUCUCGAAGAGUACAGCAGUGUAGAUCGAUAGAUUGGACUCUUUGUUCCACUUCAGCCACACAUACUGAUCCAGUUAAUGAUGUGAUUGCACCUUCAUCGUGGACAAUUUUCGGAUGUCAAAAUGGUUUACGUCUCUUUAAAGAAACAAAAGACAGGGAUUCUCAUGGUAAGUGGGAUGAUCAUCCUGCAAUAAUGGCUGUUGGUGUGGUUGAUGGAGCAUCAGAAUCCAUAUUCCAAACUCUCAUGUCUCUUGGUCCCACAAGAUCAGAAUGGGACUUCUGUUUCCACAAAGGAAGUGUGGUUGAGCACCUUGAUGGCCAUACUGAUAUCAUUCACAAGCAGUUGUACCGUGACUGGCUACCUUGGGGAAUGAAAAGAAGAGAUCUUCUGCUGCGGAGGUACUGGCGGAGGGAGGACGAUGGAACGUAUGUUAUUCUCUACCACUCUGUAUUUCACAAGAAGUGUCCCCUGCAGAAAGGCUAUGUCCGUGCUUGCCUUAAAAGUGGUGGAUAUGUCAUUUCUCCCCUGAACCAAGGAAAACGAUCUGUGGUAAAACACAUGCUUGCAAUUGACUGGAAAUUCUGGAGAUCAUACAUAAAAACUUCUGCAGCCAGAUCUAUUACCAUCAGAAUGCUAGGAAGAAUUGCUGCACUAAGGGAGUUGUUCAAGGCAAAACUAGGACCCUGUGCCCCAGAGUUUUCAUCAGGAGAGUUGACAGGUAGCGGAUUGAACCGGGCUGUCCUGGACGUGGGAACUGAUGAUACUGAAAUGAUAACCAAUGAUGACGUCAAGGCAAACAAGUGUCUGGGUGAUGAAGCAGAUAACGCUCCAUCGGGGCGUGCAAGCUUAGGAGGCCUUAAUGAUUCUGCUGCUGAUGAGUUUUUUGAUGUUCCAGAACCCUCUGAUAGUGAAUGCUGGAGUUACGACUUUGGUUCAGAAGGGCACUCUCAGGAUAUGCGUCAACCUAAGAUAUCUACUGCAGCCGUUUUCGUGAGGAAAUUGCAUGAUCUUGCAGUUCAAAAGAGGGGAUAUGUGGACUUACAAGACUUGGUUAGAGAAGACAAUCUAUCCUACUGCUAUGGGACCACUCUUCCUAAAGAUCAAACAUAUACAAUGCUCUCCAGCUGGGCAAUGACUGAUCCUUCAACCUUUUUGAUCCGCGGAAAAAAUUAUCUCCAAGACCAGAAGAAGAUCAAGGCAAGGGGUACUUUGAUGGAGAUGGUUGCUGCAGAUUGGGUUAAAUCUGACAAACGAGAAGAUGAUUUAGCUGGCCGUCCUGGGAGCAUUGUUCAGAAAUAUGCGGCACAAGGCGGGCCAGAGUUCUUCUUGAUUAUAAACAUUCAAGUGCCAGGUUCGACGACAUAUAGCCUUGCAUUGUACUUCAUGAUGAACACGCCUUUGGAAGAUUCGCCAUUGCUACAGAGCUUUGUAAAUGGGGAUGAUGCAUUCAGGAACUCAAGAUUUAAGCUUAUUCCUUACAUAUCCAAGGGUUCCUGGAUAGUGAAACAGAGUGUUGGAAAGAAAGCAUGCCUAAUUGGCCAAGCACUGGAAAUGAACUAUUUCCGGGGGAAGAACUACCUCGAGCUUGGAGUGGACAUAGGGUCAUCAACAGUUGCAAGAGGCGUGGUCAGUCUUGUUCUGGGCUACCUUAGCAAUCUGGUCAUCGAAAUGGCUUUCCUUGUUCAGGCUAACACGGAAGAGGAACUGCCGGAGUAUCUGCUGGGGACGUGCCGAUUGAACCAUCUGGACGCGUCGAAAGCUGUUUCGUUGAAACAAUGACAGACAAACAGUUCAGGAGCAAGCAACCCCCACAGAGCAACAAUUUGGAAGCACAAGUAAACUCUGAAUUCAUUAUAAAGGAAACCGUUGUGACUGAUUCUUUCAUUGAAUCCCCCGAUUUGAGAUUUGAUAUGCUUUGGGCUUUUGCUCAAUUUGUGAUUGUUUGUGUAUAUAGAUAUAGAUUCUCCAUCAUUAUAUUUGUAUCAUCUGAGCUUGAUACCAACAAGAUUCCUUAUUUUCUAGCUCCUCUUUCCUGAAAGCAUGACAAGUAUUGGCAUGAUCACAAACAGAAACGAUCACCACAACUCAGACAUGACCGAACCAAUAUCGAUUCGCAAACUUUGUAAUCUGUCCUAAAAUUAUGUAAUCCUAAACGA